UUUGGACCACUUAGGCGAGAAAUCUACUUUAAUUACAGUUGUACACCUUUCAUCUUUAUGGAUAAACGAACGAACCCGCUCGUUAGACCUCCAUACAUGGACUGAAGCAAACCUCCUACCUCUUCAAAUUUUUACCCCCAAAAACUCCAACAUCAAUGGAGACUCUCAAAAUGUCACUUGUGCAAAACCAAAUUCUUCCCUUACAUUUCAAACCUUAUCCCCUUAUCCACAAUUCUCGAAUUCUUGGUGUUUACAGCAACAAAGGCCGUACUUUUUCUUUUACUCUUACAUGUAAGCUCAAUACAGUAAAAGGGAACAAACCCAGCAAGGAAAAGAGCCGGAUUUCAGUUCCAGGUUCUGAUGGUGUGGCGCCACCAGUUGUUGAAUCGGAAGAAGGGUCUGUAGGAAAUGGUGGAAGGAAGGUGGAGGAGACGAAGAAUGGUGUUGUUGGUUUUGGACUUUUGAAGAAAUUGCCUAGAAAAGUUUUGAGGAUUUUGUCCAAUUUGCCUUUAGCUAUUGCUGAGAUGUUUGCUGUUGCUGCCUUAAUGGCCUUAGGAACUUUCAUUGACCAAGGCGAGGCUCCAGAUUACUACUUCCAAAAGUUUCCUGAAGAUCAUCCUCCCUUGGGGUUUUUCUCCUGGAGAUGGGUUCUCACCCUUGGCUUUGAUCAUAUGUUCUCAUCACCAGUUUUCCUGGGGACGUUGGCUCUUCUAGGAGCAUCCUUGAUAGCUUGCACAUACACAACGCAGAUUCCUCUUGUGAAGGUAGCAAGAAGAUGGUCUUUCUUACAAUCAGCAGAGACAAUUCGUAAGCAAGAAUAUGCAGAUACUUUGCCUAGGGCAUCAGUUAAAGACUUGGGUGUUAUACUGAUGGGAGAUGGAUAUGAGGUAUUCUCAAAAGGGCCAGCUCUGUAUGCAUUUAAAGGGUUGGCAGGCAGAUUUGCUCCAAUUGGUGUACAUAUAUCCCUGCUGCUUAUAAUGUCUGGAGGAACUCUUAGUGCAGUUGGAAGCUUUAGAGGGGCUGUGACUGUUCCACAAGGUUUAAAUUUUGUUGCUGGAGAUGUACUUGCACCAUCUGGAUUUCUAUCCACUCCUUCUGAUGCUUUCAGUACGGAGAUUCACGUCAAUCGAUUCUCCAUGGACUACUAUGACAGUGGAGAGGUCUCGCAGUUCCAUACUGAUCUUUCACUAUUUGACCUUAAUGGAAAGGAAGUAAUGAGGAAGACUAUAAGUGUCAAUGAUCCCUUAAGGUAUGGGGGAAUCACUAUAUACCAGACAGAUUGGAGUAUCUCUGCAUUGCAAGUACUGAAGGAUGAUGAAGGUCCGUUUAAUUUGGCUAUGGCACCACUGCAACUGAACGGUGGGGACAAGAAGCUGUUUGGUACAUUCCUACCAGUAGCGGAUGAUAAUUCACCCAAUGUUAAGGGAAUAUCGAUGCUCGCACGUGAUUUGCAGUCAGUUAUUCUUUAUGAUAAAGAAGGGAAAUUUGCUGGAGUCAGACGGCCUAAUUCAAAUCUUCCAAUUGAGAUUGAUGGAAUAAAAAUUGUUAUUGCAGAUGCAAUUGGGAGUAGUGGCCUUGACUUAAAGACUGAUCCAGGAGUACCUGUUGUAUAUGCUGGUUUUGGUGCUCUCAUGCUUACAACUUGCAUUAGUUAUUUAUCUCAUACACAGCUAUGGGCCUUGCAAGAUGGAACAUCAGUGGUUGUUGGGGGUAAGACUAACCGGGCCAAGGGUGAGUUUCCUGACACAAUGAAUCGCUUGCUCGAUCAAGUCCCAGAAUUAGUUGAAUCAUCUUCUCCCGAAGAACCUAAUAUUCUGAGUGGCUUGUAAGUUGAAGUUGG